AAUGGCCUGGCCAGAUGCGGCAGGUCUGGUGCUGCCGACUGGCGGAGGAGGGCGAGGAGGAGGAAGGGAGCAUCCGCACCCGCAGCAGCAGCAGCAUCCGCACCCGCAGCAGCAGCAGCAGCAUCCUCCGCAGCCUCCGCAGCAACAGCUAGAGGAGGAAGGGAGGGGGGGACGGAGGAGGAGAAGGCGGCGCCAGGCCUGCAUCUCCUGCUGCUGCUGCCGCUGCUGCCGGGGGCGCCGGGGCCGGUGGGCGCCUUGGCGGCGGGCGGAGCGGGGCCCGGGGCUCUCGGCAUGAGGCGCCCGCCUUGCCUGCUGCUCCUCCUCCUCCUCCUCGUCGCCGGCGCCUCGCUCGCCUGCUACUCGCCCAGCCCGCGCGCCCUGCAGGACCAGGCGUAUUCCGCCGCCGUGGUGCUGGAGGGCAAGGUCCAGGCGCUGCCGCCCACGCCGCCCGUCCCCGGCGCCCCCAACGCCAGCCCCGCCAACGGGAGCCGGGAGCUGGAGGCCACCUCCUCGCCGUCCUCCUCGCCGCCCUCCUCGCCGCCGGGCAUCCUGGUGAAGGUGCUGGACCUGUGGCCCCUCAACAGCGGCGGCCUGCAGCGCGAGCAGCUCAUCCGCGUGGGCUCCACGCCCGCGCCCUGCUUCCGCGUCAAGCGCAACCACCGCUACAUCUUCUUCCUGGAGCCCACCGAGCAGCCGCUGGUCUUCACCACCUCCUUCGCCCCGCUCGACACCAGCGGCAAGAACCUCAAGAAGGACGUCGGGCGCAUCCUCUGCGCCGACUGCGCUGUCCCUCCAAAACUCAAGAAACUGAGGAACCUAAAUGCAGAAUUGGGGGCAAAGAUUUCUUUGAAAUGUGAGGCCAGUGCAGGAAAUCCCCAGCCUUCCUACAAGUGGUUCAAAGAUGGUAAAGAACUGAAAAAGAGCAAAGAUAUCAGAAUAAAAUAUGGAAAUGGAAAAAAAAAUUCUAGACUACAGAUCAAUAAAGUGAAAGUGGAAGAUGGAGGGGAAUACAGUUGUGAAGCAGAGAAUGUGUUAGGCACGGACACCGUCAGAGGUACUCUCAGUGUGAGAACCGUUUCCACAACUCUGUCCUCUGGGCCUGGACAUACUAGACAGUGCAAUGAAACAGUUAAGUCCUACUGUGUCAACGGUGGAGUUUGCUACUAUGUUGAGGGCAUAAACCAGCUGUCUUGCAGGUGUCCGAAUGAAUUCACAGGGGACCAGUGUCAGAACUCCGCAAUGGCCAGCUUCUCCAAACAUCUUGGAUUAGAAUUAAAGGAAGCUGAGGAGCUGUAUCAGAAGAGAGUUCUAACCAUAACCGGGAUUUGUGUUGCAUUGCUUGUGGUGGGGAUAGUGUGUGUGGUAGCAUAUUGUAAAACCAAAAAACAGAGAAAUCAAAUGCAUAAUCAUAUGCGGCAAAAUAUGUGUCCAGCCCAUCAGAACAGGAAUCUUGCAAAUGGUCCUAGCCAUCCUCGGCUGGACCCUGAGGAAAUUCAGAUGGCUGAUUAUAUGUCUAAAAAUGUUCCUGCUACUGAGCAUGUCAUUCGAAGAGAAACAGAAACCACCUUUUCAGGGAGCCAUUCCUGCUCACCAUCACAUCCCUGCUCAACAGGGACUCCAACCUCAAGCCAAAGACAUGAAAGCCACACUUGGAGCUUGGAACGAACAGAGAGUAUGACUUCAGAUUGCCAAUCUGGGAUUAUGUUAUCUUCAGUGGGCACCAGCAAGUGCAACAGUCCUGCCUGUGUGGAAGCACGGGCUCGGCGAGAAGCAGCUUACUCUCUCGAAGAGCAAAGGAAGUCAACGAUGCAAUACAGAGACUCUGUGGAUUCCCUUCGAGACUCGCCGCAUAGUGAGAGGUACGUGUCUGCCUUGACCACCCCAGCACGCCUGUCGCCUGUUGACUUUCACUACUCAGCCUCUGCCCACAUGCCCACCUUUGAGAUCACCUCCCCCAACUCUGCUCAUGCCGUCUCCCUGCCACCCGCAGCAUCCAUUAGCUUCCAGGUGGAGGAGCAGCAGCCAUUGCUCCGAAGGUACCAGGUCCCGUUUCAAGAUAUACAGAGAUACGACGGUUACUACCAAAGAAGGAGUUACCUGAAUGAGAGCACGGGGAGCUUGCCCUCCAGUCCCUUUCGCAUCACAGAAGAUGAUGAGUAUGAAACCACGCAUGAGUACAUCACUGCGCUAGAACAGCCAAAGAGAACAGGCAACAACAGCAGGAGGUGGAGGAAGUCCAAACUGAAUGGGCACCUGUCGCACAGGGGCAAAAUGCUUAGAGAUUCCUUUUCAGUGAGCAGCGCCUCAUACAGCGAGUCUGAUGAGGAGCUGGUGGCUGAGAGCACCCCCUUCUUAAGUAUGCGGAACGCUGAGGCGAUGGACCCAGAUUCGCCCCCUCUGUACCGACUGGCUGACAGCAGGACUUACUAUUCCUUUGACAGAUGCAGCACACAGGGAGACCGCGGGCUCACACGGACCAGGUCCAACCAAGAUUCAGCACCACCUUAGAUGCCACCUUCCUCAUGCCCACUCCCACGAGCACCCCAGGACUGAGGAGGGGGGGGGGGACAAUAACAGAAGAGACAAAUUUUUAUUUUAUAUAAAAAAAUGGGAAAAAACUAUAACAAAGAAAUGUUUUAUUUUCAUUUUAGCAAUGAUGUCUUAUAAUAGCUAAUGGCAAAGACCUUUUUAUAAGGAAUCUAUUUAUAUGUAACAUCUUGAUUUACAGCUUCUGAGAAAAGAAGAAAUCAACAAAAAAUAAAAAAAAUAAAAAAGAGAUGGGCCAAUUUUUGACUACUUACAAAUCAUUGAGAAAUAUCGUGGUGCCUUUUGCUGUAUGCUAAUGCCAGAAUCCACACAGAAGAUUAUGUUGAAGCAUUCUUGAGAUCAUUGGCUUUAAGUUCAGGACAACCUGUUACAGAAUAUUUUCAUGGGCACUUUUCCAUUUGAGCAACUCUCUUUUCAAUUGCUUGAUAUCUGGAUGUUGGUAAUCUAGUCCUUUUAAAGUAUUGAUGCCCACUGCCCACACCUUUAAUCUCUCUCUCUUCCCCUCCCUCCCCUUCAAACACAUACACAAGACACAUGUCUUAAUAUUUCCGAUAGUACUUUCCCUUUGCAGGAAAAAAGCAAAUAUGUACUGGUAAGUAAAAUUUAAAUCAUUAAAAAAAUAAGUAGAAAGAGUUUCAUUUUAAAAGUGCACAGUAGUAACAGUCCUUACAAAUUAUAUCUUGUCCUGAACAGUUUGUGAAUGUGGGGGUAACAAAUGAAAGAAAUCAAAUGUUUCGGAUGAAUAAAUUACUUUAUAUUUGUUCCAAUAUUGCUGUUGCUUUAUCACUGCUUCAGCAUUGGGUUUGCACUAGCUGUUCAUGAGUCUCUCUGAGCAACCACGGCACACUUUUGGAACAAUAAAUAAACGUUUAAAUAAAAUUGCAACCCAGCAGCUGAUACUGACAUGCUCAUAAAGCAACUGGAUUGCUGGUUCGAAUCCAACGCGGGGAGAGUGUGAAUGAGCUCCCUCUGUCAGCUCCAGUUCUAUGUGGGGACAUGAGAGAAGCCUCUCACAAGGAUGAUAAAACAUCAAAAACAUCUGGGCAUUCCCUGAGCAAUGUCCUUGCAGACAGCCAAUUCUCUCACACCAGAAGUGACUUGCGGUUUCUCAAGUCAUUCUUGAUAUGAAAAAAAAUAAAGCAACUUGAACCCCACAGUGGAAGGUUCAGGACAUAAAAGGUGCUGCAGAUGAGGUGUGGACAUUGCUUGUAUUUUCAAGCCCAGGUGAAGUAAGGGUCUUCGUAGUGCAUCAUCAGUGAACCCCCCUCCUCCUCCUCUCUUACAUCACUGAUAGAUUUGCCACCAGCACGCUAGCUCCAGCCUCAGCACUCCUCCCAUGGAAAGCAACAUCAAAGGGAAAUACCUUUGUGCGCUGCAUUGUGUAAAGAUGGUUGUUACUGUAAUGUUCUAGCGUGUCAUAAUGACUUUUUGUUUACUUUUUUAAAAAAACCAAUAAGCCACAAGGUCACAAGUUCUGAGGCAGCCUUCUGUGUCGAGGUGUCAAGAUCAUUCCCAUUGAAAGAGGGAGAGUGCUUCUUUCCUUUGAGUUCCUUGUGGGGCCCUCCUUGGCCUGCCUCAUUCUUUCCCUCUUUUGACUUCUGCAUGUCCUUUGCAUUUCAGAUAACUGUAGAUUGGAUGCAUGGAGAAGCUGUGACUGAGAAGAUAAAAUACAAAUGCCAGUGUAUUUCAUUUAACUUUUAGCAAUAAAGUACUUUAAACCCUUUGUUCCUCACCCACAACAGGGUCCAAUAGAAACGCUGCUAAUUUGUCAUAAAGAUGAUUGUAAAAAUUUGCUCUGGAUUGUCUGAAUGUCAGAACUCUUGACUGUUUAACACUUGAACUUUUUUAAUAUUAUAAAUAAAAAUAAGAAAUAACUA